AUGCUUAAAGACUCUCUAGAAGUGACAUUCUGUGCCGUUCAACGUGUCUCUGGGCGUUCCUUCCUGUUGCUAUGUACACACUCCAAGUGGCGACUCUACCGCCUCGAUGGCUUCAAGUCAGUUCGUGAAAGCUUUACGCCUGUGGAGCUCGUGAUUGAUUCUACCAAGAAAGAUACAGCACAUCUCUCUUGUGUACGUUUCUUCCAUCUGUAUACGUUACCGGAUACGACGACGGAUGCAUUGGGAGCUCUAUUCGUGUUAGAAAGGAGCUCAGUAGUGCCAAACACAAGUGACAAGAAGGAAGACGACUUUGUCUCGACCUCUGCACUGGAAAUAGAAGCAGAAGAAGAAGGAGGAGAAUGCAAUGAUGAUGAUGAUGAUGGAUGUGAGGAAAUUGUCGCACUGGCGCUGGGUGAGCAGCGAUUGCUGCACAGGUUACCGCCCACGCCAUCAUUGGUGCUGGAUGUGCAGACAAACGCCACGACGGCCGCUGUGCUGUGUGAAACCAGAGAGCUUUUUCUCUACGACUUGACCUCUUUUCAGCUACAGCAGACCAUUUAUACGGCUUCUCCUGCCAUGGCGCUUGGGCAGCGAUGGCUCGCGUAUCCUGGAUUUGCCAUGUGUGCUGAUGCAAACCAAAGCAUUGGCCAAAAGCAGGCUUUGUCUGGCCAAGCCGACAGCGACUCGGACUUUGAAGACAUCCCUAUUGAAGCUCUUGUCAACAGUGGGAUGGCCGUAGAGGCUCGCGAUGCAUCUCACAGCACAUCAAAAGCCUACACGGCUAUCGAUGUGGCGCAGAACGUGGCGUCCGGGUUGUACUAUUUGUCAAAAGUAGGGCGUGCCACCAUUGCGCCGUAUAUGUCGUCCUCACCUGGCAAACCGUUGAGCGGAACGCACAACUAUCACACAUCGACAUCGCCGUCUGGUCGUCGCAGUUUUGGACGGUCACGAAAAUCAUCUCUUAAUGGCUCUACAGGUAGCAAACCACAGCAGCUACAGCAAGAUGGCGGUGAAACAGCAGUUUCUGCGUCAAAAAAGCAUUCGGGGUGGGUAGUGGUGCUUGAUUUGGUUUCGAAUCGCGUGCUGGCCAACUUUCCUUGUCAUUCGACCGCGUUGGUGAACCUCUCGUUGGAUUCUUCUGGGCUUCUUUUGGCAACGAGCUCUACUAAGGGUCAGAAUCUUCAUGUCUAUCGCCUGUCACCGCCAUUGCAAAGUGUAGUAAACAAGUCUGGGCCUGUAGCCAAUGGACACGGAACACUCCAUCACCAAUUGAUGUACAAGUUGCAGCGUGGAAUCACCCACGCUAGUAUUCAGGAUAUUUCUUUCAGCCAGGACGGAAAAUGGAUUAAUGUGACAUCAGCGCAUGGCACGAGCCAUCUAUACGGGCUUCACCCCGAAGGGGCGCGUAUAAGUGCUGACACACAUGCGAACAUAGUUGAGAACGCUGAUGAAUCCGACACUGAUACGCUUGGAUCUGGCUUUUGUCGGCGUGAAGUAAACGAUUUUUAUGCUGAUUUCCGCGCUCUUGAGACGCGGACGCAAACCCAGGUACUUCGAAUUCGUCAUGAAUUCAAGACUGCUAACGCUUCUAGCGUUUCUCUCCACAAGCCUAUGUCUUCAGUUUCGUCCAAACCACGCACAGCGCGUUCAUCGUCAUCUUCAUCGUCGUCGUCUAUGUCGUCUACCUCUUCGUCAUCGUCCCCCUCGGGCCUCACGUUUAAUAGCCCACCCGGUGCUGGCAGUAUGCGCAGUAGCACUAUCAUGGAAUCAGCCCUGGAUGUGUCGCAGGCAUUGCUGUCUCAACUCGCCACAUCCGCUAUAGAUUUUGGUCAUCAGCACUUUGAGAAUGAUAUGGAUGUCGCUUCUCGUCGUCGCCGCUUGCGUCAGCGCUUGUGCUGCCUGUUUGCUCCCGAUGGACUCAAGAUGCUGAUUUGCUGUGAUUCUGUCCUCAAGUUGUAUGACAUGCGUGUGACCGCGCUUUCUCAGCACAAGGCAGACCAUGCUCGUGCAACAUGGUCUGAUUCAAAGACGAAAACUUCCAUGUCGUCACUGUCUUCGUUUGGCUUUGAAGCCAGUGUGACAGAGUUGAAAUCGUGGGAGCUCCUAGGGCGACGAAAAUCGGAGCCUCUUUCAGCUGUUGUUGAAGCCCGAAGUGGCUUAAGCAGCGUUAGCGUUUACAAAGAUUACAGUGCCAAGAGUGAACUGAGAACUUUUGCCCAAAGAUCGCUGCCAUUGUGGGCGCACCCAAAGGUGACUUUUAGAGCGAUCGACGAGGACCAUCCAGAAGGCCAAAUUCUUGAAGUGAAGCGUAAGGGGCCAAAUUUGAGUCAAGAUCUUAGUGCUAGCACCAUGUCGAUGGCUCCAGAGGGUUAUGCCAAUGGCGACGAGCAUCUCUUUGUGAUGGAGAUGGAUUCGUACUUUGGUAUUGGUGGCUCACCUGUAUUUGAUGGCGUAGGGGAUUGUCCUGCGACACCAGAGAUUCCCCCACCGUUAGAUCUGGCAGCGAGUAUCAAUAUGGCCAUGGCAUCUUCGUUGUCAGAUACACCGUCCAAGCCCGUUGCUGACGUGAAGAACACAAUUUGCUUCAAACCGAUUGAUGAGAACUCAAUGCACGGCGCCGGCAUGACACAAAAGGUGAAGAAGAAAGGAAAGAAUCGUCAAACGCUCACACCGUCGUCGUCUACUGAAAUCGAGUCCGAAGCGAUCGAAGAAGGUGGCUCCAAGGGAGGUCUAGCUUCAUUACAAUUUACGAUGCAGGACACGUACUUUGCGGUGCCUACUGAUGAAGACAGCGGUUGA